AUGGCUAAAAGAAAGGCUGAAGUUGAGGUGAAACCUGUAAAAAAGCCUCUGAAGACACAAAAUGAAGUUCAAUAUACUUUAUGUGUACCGUCAUCAGUGAUAUCAGCUGUUAAUGCGAAGAAUCUUCAACAAAUCACUCAAAUUGCCCAUCAAAUUGCCAGAGCUGCUACCAUUUAUAAUGUUGGAGAAAUUGUAGUAUUGGAUAUUCCUACUGCUCAAAAGAAGGAGGAAGAGGCAGAAAAAUCAGUUAAGGUAGUAUUAGGAAGUACUGAUAAAGGUGGUAAAAAGAUUAAAUUUAAUUUUGAUGAUGAAGAUAUUGUUCAGAAAAAGGCUCCAGAAACUGUUGUAGAAGAAGAAUCUAAAGAUGAUAAUGAAGAAGAGAUCAAUGGAUCAAAGUCAACUUCCACUACCAAUGAAAACAAUACUAUGUUAUUGGCUACUCUUUUACAAUAUUUCAUUACCCCACCAUACUUGGUGAAGUCUGUAUUUGCCAAUAAUGAAUACAAUACCAAGUUCAAAUAUGCUCAACAUAUGCCAAAGUUAAGCACUCUCCCAUUUAUGAGUAAUAAUGAAGUCUGGAGAGACUUUAGAGAAGGAUUAACUAUUCCAAAACAUACUCCUAAAAUCACUAGUAAGAAAAACAAAAAGAUAUCACCAAAGAACAAAUUAAGCACUACAAAGUAUGUAAAUAUUGGUGAAGCAGAACCAAUGGUUUUAGAAAAAGAUGUCCCAGUUAACGUUAGAGUUACUGUUGAUUUGAAAAAUAAGGUGAUUGUGUCACCUUUGCAAGCAUAUGGUACCAUUGGAAACAAAUCAUCGUUUGGUUACUUUGUAAGAGUAGCUAAGACUUUCAGUACUCUUUUCACUGAAAGUUCAGUUCCAGAAGGUUAUUCUUCAAGUAUAUACGUCAAGAGUGAUGAUUAUUUCCAAAAAUCUGAUAGUAAUUUGGUCGAUUAUGAUAAGGAAAAGAUUCACGUUAAGGGAGGAAAUGUCUUGCUUGUUUUGGGUAAUUGGUUCGAUAUUGAAUAUAGUUUCUCCCGUGAAGGUUUAGAAGGUGUUGAUAGUGUCAGUCAAAUGUUUGAUGGUGAAUUGAAGAUUCCUAGUGGAGUAAAGAUUGAAGAUGCUGCAUUGAUCAGUUUAGCAAAGGUUUACAGUUAA